AUGUCUCAGAUGAAUACAGUAUUACAAACAAUUACAGAUGCAUUUGAUGAUUUUUUAGAAUUUGGCAGUGAUUCUCCUGAACCAAUAACUAUCAAAGAUCCCAACCAAACUAAUAAAUCUGAUAUUACUAAUAAGAUUCAGAAUUUGAUCUUUCAUUUGCCUCUCAACCAACCUAUAGAUGCUGAAGAGUAUAUAAGUGCUGAUAACAGUCUUAUUACUACUGAAAUACUAGAUAAUGAAGAGAUAAUUGAUGCUGUAAAGAACUGUGAAUAUAUUGAACUGAAGGAUGAAGUUAUUAAUAAACCAAUAUCCUUUAUAGAAGCCUUAAGAUUUAUAGAUAGGAUCUUAUCAUUUCUUGAGCAGCAAUUAGAUGGCAGUUUCAAUGUUGAUGAUUCUUUUAUUCAUAAUUUAGAGAAGUUAAUAAAAGAAGUAAAAUUGAAAUACAUUAUCUCACAACAACUAUUAAUCUUAGAUUCAUUUAUUUUGGGCAUGAAUUAA